UCAACAAGAAUCUCUCUGCUUCUAUCUGCAGAGCAUGAAUGGUCUAUUGAUUCACUGGCUGUUCGUGUUUAUCGGGGCGUGCAAAUAUUGACUGGCCCUCAACUCCUUGACUAUUGAACAGUAGACCCUGCAUUAUAAUCUUGUCUCGUAUUCGCAUGGUCUGUUGGUUUGUUGUUGGUUGCGGCAUUUUACAUGUGAUUGUAGUCGACGCACACAUUUCUUUAAAGUGCUGGAUUUACCUGGGAGUUGUAAACACUGUGUUCCCUAUUUGUGAUGAGUCUAGGACACAGGGAGGAGUGGUCGGUUAAUGUAAAUCUGGUCUUUAGAAACGUUGUUUAGCGAGGGCAGAUGAAUUGAACGUGUUGACGUUAAACUGUUUCAAGAAAGUUCUGAGCGGUGCAGAAAUAUUGCUGUUGCAUAUUGCCUGCUGUCCUAGCCCCUAUUAGAAUACAUGCACUGGGUACGUUUACAGGGUAUACUCUGCCACACAUUCAACGCGGUUCAUCUUUAGCAAACAUACUAUAUGUACAUGUCAAUUAAUCACAUGGGAGUGAUUAAACAGUAGAAAUGUCAAGUCUCACAAUUGCCAGCGCUGGGAUAGAAUGAUAAAUUGAUGGAGCGAAAUGGGAGACAUGGAUGAAACUGAGAGCAAAGACAGCAGGCCGGCCGAUGGAGAAACUGACGGGGACAAUAACAGUCGUGCUGGAGUGGAACGGCCAAGAUCAGACGGGGGAAGCCCUGCCGAGAUUAAUCACUCGGAGUUGCCAGCAGGAAAUUGCGACUCUAGAACCUCUCCCGGCGGACUUACCGCCGAGGUUCAGAAGAGCGAGGACUAUGACUGGGACACGAAGGACAGAGCUGCCAGGAAAGGCAGCGCCGGCAGCCAUCGAUCGCGGCACAGCAGCGGUGGCAGCAGCAGCAGCUCCAGAAAGAGAAGCCGCAGCUGCAAGCAUCACAAACUCAAGCCUGAUGGUGACUCGGCGGGUCAUGAGAGUGAAACAAGGCGGCCAGAUUCUAGCCAAGGCGAGCAGGUUAAUGGCGGUCACCAUUCACGGACUAAACACCACGAGCACACAAUGAACAGCAAUCCAGAAAACGGCGCUGCAACAGAGGAGGAUGACGACCAAUCCUGCUCGGUGGUUCACAAGGACAGUUUCACCCUGGAAGACAAGAGGGAGCGACCAGCAUCAUCCUCCCACAAAGAGGGCGCAGGGAAGGACAGCAAGAGGAUAGCCAAGAUGGGGAAUAAGCUUAUUGCAGAGAAACAGAAGUACUUGUCAGAAAAACAGCUCCUCAAGGCCAAAAUGGAGAUAGCCAGGAAACAGUUCGCAGAAGAGAUCACCAAGUAUGAGCAGGAGCUGGACGGCAAGCGUCAGGAGAUGCAGAUCAAGCUGAGCGACCUGAGGGUGGAGGAGCAGUAUGGCGCCCUCAGUCAACGCAUGGAGGAACUGGCGGGAUUCAGGGAGGAGUUGGACUCGCGCUUCCUGCAGUGUGUGGAGUAUGAGAAAGAGAUUGAAGAAAAAGAGCGGUACCUGGACAGGAGGCAGGAGCUGUGUAACAGCAAGGAGGAGGACCUCAGACUUCUAGAUGAUCAACUGGAUACACUGAAUCAGGAACUGGAGUUGGACAAAGAGCGUCUAGAGAGGGCAGGCUAUGAUGCAAGCAAUAUGGAUCCAAGGAAUCGAUCAUCCAGCCUCAGGACUCGAUCAUCCAGCCUCAGGAGUCGAUCAUCGAGCUUCAGGGCUCAGAAAAACACAGACGAUGAGGAUGAUUACAUCCUGAAGGCCAACCUGCGCAAAUGCCACAGCGAUCUCAAGAAAGCUGAGCAGACUGUACAGGAGAGGGAUCUGCAGCUAGCACAGGCCAAAGAAGAGAUUUCAUCACUGCAGACAGACAAAACGAAAAACAAGGAAAAAAUCAAGCAGCUGGAGACACAGCUAUCCGUAGCGCUUAGUCAGCUGAAGAACCAAUCCAACUCCUUGCAGGCAUCGACGCAAUCCAGAGCAACUAUCAACCGGCAGGCGUCAUUGCGUUCCCACGUGUCCCUGGACCGCUUCAAAUCGCCGGGGGACCUCAGCAUAAACCAGCAGGCGCAGCUGAACCGGUCGCUGUCGGGGAAAGAGAAGGGAGGAAUGUCCCCCGCUGGCAAGAAGUACCUGAGUUCUCCUGUGACGGACUCUCCCACGGCCAAUUCAAGGUCCAGGAGUGAUGGAGAACACAGCAAGGGUUCAUCCUCGGACGGGGCUGGCAGUGAGGGGGACCCUGGGGUGGACUUUGUGGGGAACAGACUCAGGACUUCCACUGACAGCUCCGUCAAGUCUCAGUCUCGGACGAUAAGCUCGGCAUGUGCCGUCAUGUAAAAAACAAUGAACUUGAGUUCUCUUAAGUCACAAGUCUCAGAUCCAGUGACGAACUGUUCAAAUAAGCUGUGACACAGGCAAGCCUUUUACAUGCGACUGAUUGAUGAUUUGACUUGUGUUGGACUAGACGUACAAACUCUGAGUGCUCACAACACUGAUUAUUAAGUUGGUGUCAAUAUUGCCUGGAGCAAAAAUGGACCGGUAGCUGUAACUCCAAGCAACUUCGAAAGUUUAGAGUUUACCGCUUCUUGCUGUAUAGAGUUAAAGUCAGCUUUUUUUAGUUUGGGCAUUAUUAAUACAUGAAGUUCCGGUAUACAUGUCACUGCUGACCUGGUUUAACCGUUUAAAAUCACCAUGUUAUUGGAUGAAAGAUCAAAUUGAGCGUGUUUAGCAUGCACGCAAGUUGUGCACCAUUCUUGCACAUCCAUAAUCAACUGAAUGUGCAAACCUAAAGCAUAAGAAGGAUGCAAUAAAGCAUGGUCAUGUGCAAGUAAAUUAA